AUACUUCUUGGAGACUAGUUCAGUUGGUGAUUGUAUCUCUGCGCGUAUUUUACUCCGACGCUAAAUUAAACCAUAAUUCUAAUUACCAAUAUUGAAACGAGUUUUUUUUUCUUUCUCUUCUGUUUCUCUAUUAUUAUGUAGUGGCCACAAUAAUAACGCGGUGAACGAAUUAACCUUUUACAGGUUUAUCGCGAGUGUGGUGCUUAUGGACGCUUUACCAUCGAUACCAUUUCUUAUGAUUUCUUAAUUUUGGUGCAAAAUUCGCCGAAGCGCGUAAAAAUGGCGAAAAGCGUUCGGUAUGACUUCAAAACAGCCACAUCUUUAGCACUCGUCAUCAUUGUGAUAAUCGCCUUCAUAUCGCCGCCAGCUUCCAGUCUACAAACCAAUGAAAGAAAACGAUACCGACGACCUCAACCGGCUCAAAACAGAUCUCAAGUCGAAGACAACAUUAUCCUACCAGAAACACCAGCACCAGAGACCAAAACGACCUACAACAGAUCGAAACUUUUCCACAGAGAGAAACCCGCCAUAAAAAACAAAUACGUUGGCCUACCGAAAAACACUUCCUCAGAUCUUGAGUCAGCGGCUACCGCCCAUAGACCAACCGUAUUACGCAGAUACUCGACUAAAAUCGAAUCGACGAGUAAAUCGAGCGAUAUCGACGCGCAAGAAAGCACGCAUAAGGUAACCAGGCUGAAUUUCCUCAACAGACGUUCCAAGCCAUCGGAACCGACUCAAGACUCGGAUCAAGAAACAUCCGCUAGCAUCACCAGGAACAACAUCCAGCGACGUAUAUCGAAACCUAGUCACGGUAAUUCGUUGAACGAUGCCGAAACCGCAGAACAGGAAACUACAUCGGCUGCCAGUCGUAUGAAAAUAAGAAGGCGUAUUUCCAAGCCCGCAGAUCAUGGUAAUUCUGCCACUGAGGAUACUAAGUUAGACGAUUACGAAUUCGCUACUAGUAAUCGCUUCAAAAUUAGGACCAAGUAUACCAAUACCACUAGCAGCCUGAAGAAAACUGCCAUAGAUACCAAAGAAAAAGAUACCAAUGAUGGACACAAGAUUGUCUGCUAUUACACGAAUUGGUCUCAGUAUCGUCAAAAAAUAGGAAAGUUCAUGCCAGAAGAUAUUGAUCCGGAUCUGUGUACGCAUAUCAUAUUCGCUUUUGGAUGGAUGAAAAAGGGACGUUUGUCUUCGUUCGAAUCAAAUGACGAAACUAAAGAUGGCAAAAUUGGACUCUACGACAAAAUACAAAACUUAAAAAAAGCCAAUCCGAAAUUGAAAACGUUGCUCGCUAUUGGCGGUUGGUCUUUCGGUACUCAAAAAUUCAAGGACAUGUCGGCGACUCGAUACACCAGACAGACGUUCAUAUACAGCGCAGUACCAUAUUUAAGGAGUCGUAACUUCGAUGGACUUGACAUUGACUGGGAAUACCCUAAAGGAACUGACGAUAAAAAAAAUUUCGUCAUGUUAUUAAAAGAACUUCGUGAAGCGUUCGAAGCCGAGGCUCAAGAAGUUAAGAAACCCAGAUUACUUUUAACCGCUGCAGUUCCUGUUGGCCCUGAUAAUAUUAAAGGAGGAUACGACGUGCCAGCAGUAGCGAGUUAUUUAGAUUUUAUUAACGUUAUGGCGUACGAUUUUCAUGGAAAAUGGGAACGUGAAACUGGACACAAUGCUCCCUUAUAUGCUCCUUCUUCCGAUUCCGAGUGGAGGAAACAACUGAGCGUAGAUAACGCUGCGUCUCUUUGGGCUAGACUGGGAGCUCCCAAGGAUAAAUUGGUCAUCGGUAUGCCAACUUAUGGAAGAACGUUUACCUUAGCCAAUCCGAGUAAUUUUAAAGUGAAUAGCCCCGCGAGUGGAGGAGGAAAAGCUGGCGAAUACACCAAAGAAGGAGGAUUCUUAGCGUAUUACGAAGUAUGCGAUAUGUUGAAAAAUGGCGCCACUUACAUUUGGGACGAUGAAAUGAAAGUACCUUACGCAGUAGCUGGCGAUCAAUGGGUUGGUUUCGACGACGAACGAUCCAUUCGUAAUAAAAUGCAAUGGAUCAAAACAAACGGUUACGCCGGAGCCAUGGUAUGGACCGUAGAUAUGGAUGAUUUCACGGGCACGGCUUGCGGCGGAGACGUCAAAUAUCCUUUAAUCGGAGCUAUGAGAGAAGAAUUAAGAGGUAUUAAAAGAGCAAACAAUGCCAAAGACGUGGACUGGAAUAAAGUAGCCAAAUCAGUGAUCGUAGAAACUAUCACUAAGCCAUCUCCUAUUAAAAUUGAUGUAAAUGAAGUUUUGCUCAAAGCUAAAUCUACUCCUCCUUCAGUGGCCAUUCAAACUUCUGUGAUUCAAAAUGUGCGACCUCCUCAAGUUUUAUGUUACAUGACGAGUUGGUCUCAGAAGAGACCUGGUUUGGGAAAAUUCCUACCUGAAAAUAUCGAUUCUUCGUUAUGUACUCACGUCAUAUAUGCUUUCGGAACACUCAAAGAUAACCGAUUGACUAUUGGCGAAGAAGAUGAAGGUGAAAAUUACGCUAAAGUGAUCGCCUUAAAAGAGAAGAAUCCAAAUUUGAAGAUUCUUUUAGCCAUCGGAGGAUGGGCCUUUGGUUCAACUCCAUUCAAAGAAUUAACCAGUAACGUGUUCAGAAUGAAUCAAUUCGUUUACGAAGCCAUAGAAUUUUUAAGAGAAUAUAAAUUUGAUGGUUUAGACGUAGAUUGGGAGUAUCCAAGAGGAUCUGACGACAAACAAUCUUACGUAAGUUUAUUAAAAGAAUUACGAACAGCUUUCGAAGGAGAAGCCAAAACAUCCGGCCAACCUAGGUUGCUUCUCGCUGCCGCUGUUCCUGCAAGUUUCGAGGCCGUUGCUGCAGGAUACGACGUACCAGAAAUAUCGAAAUAUUUAGAUUUCAUAAACGUAAUGACUUACGACUUUCACGGUCAAUGGGAAAGACAAGUGGGUCACAAUAGUCCACUGCAUCCUUUAGAAAGUGCUACUAGUUACCAAAAAAAACUCACCGUUGAUUACAGUGCGAGAGAAUGGGUGAAACAAGGAGCGCCUAAAGAAAAGUUAAUGAUUGGAAUGCCAACUUAUGGACGCUCUUUUACGUUGGUAGAUUCGACCAAAUUCGAUAUCGGUUCGCCAGCAUCUGGUGGCGGAACGCCAGGAAAAUAUACCGGUGAAGCUGGAUUCAUGUCUUAUUACGAAAUAUGCGAAUUUUUGAGAAUCGAAAACACAACUUUAGUUUGGGAUAACGAACAACAAGUACCAUUCGCUUAUCGCGGAGAUCAGUGGGUUGGUUUCGAUGACGAAAGGAGCUUGAAAACCAAAAUGACUUGGCUCAAAGAAGAAGGUUUCGGUGGCAUCAUGGUCUGGUCAAUCGACAUGGAUGAUUUCCGAGGAUCUUGCGGACCCGAAAAGUACCCUUUGAUGCAAGCCAUGAAACAAGAACUCGAUGGAUAUAGCGUUAAAUUAGAAUACGAUGGUCCCUACGAAUCUUCUAGUCGAAAUUCCUUGUAUACCACUAAAGACCCCCAUACUGUUUCUUGCGAAGAAGAGGAUGGUCAUAUUUCGUACCACCCUGAUAAAGCAGACUGUACCCAUUACUACAUGUGCGAAGGAGAACGUAAACACCAUAUGCCAUGUCCCUUGAAUUUAGUUUUUAAUCCGAAAGAAAACGUUUGCGAUUGGCCUGAAAAUGUCGAAGGCUGUAUGCAUCACACUCCAGCUCCUCCGACCUCGUAAAUUUAUUUAAUCUACAAUUAUUUUCUUGUCUCAAAAAUAAUGUCAAAGAAAAAGGUAAAAUAUAUCCACCCCACUGAUUAAAAAUAAAAUCAACGAGUUGGAUUAAGUAUUACCUACGUAUAAUAGGAGUAUUAUGUUGUUUUUGUAUACCUAAUUUAUUUAAGGAUUUUUUUUUCAUUUUUGUUUACCAAUUACCUAUUUUGUACAUUCAACUGUCUACCUGCAAAAACACGUAUAGAUUCACAGUUUGUCGAAAGUCAAGUGUUGGUAGUCUACCCGACGAUGCGAAGGAAAAUAGAUCUAAAUCUAGAAUUGUUUGUUUUUGUAUUAUAAUAAUGUGAGUACCUGCCUAAGAAAUGAAUCGUAUGUAUUUUUUUGAGAGAUUUAGUCUUUUUCAGCAAAGCAUAAUUGUUCGUUUGUUGUCUUUUUUUAUUUAAAUAUGUACCUAUUUUUUACUUAAAAUAUAAUUUAAUACAAAAA